ACAAGAGCGGUGCCCUUAAAGACAGAAGAUGAAAACGCCGUGGACUCAGGAGCGGAAACCGCGGAAUCGGACUCCAGCAGGAUGUCAACAUCAGGCAUUGAGCUCAUCAGCAGGCGUCUCCGUCAGCAGCAGCAGCAUCAGCAGCGUGUCCUCGUUAUGAACUUGCAUCUCUUGGCCAAUCCCGGAGACUCUCUGCUGCUGCAGCACAGUCUGGAUCGUCUUCUCCGCUGGCUCUGCCCGAGCCUUCACAUCUUCCAUGUGUCUGAGAGGGCUUCACCUCAUCGAGGAUGUUCUCACCUCUGCCCCGUAGCUGGCUACCCUUCUGUGGCCAUCACUUUCUUUCUCCAUGAGGCUUACGGAGAAGAGCGGAUCCUCAAAGUCCUGGACUUCUUCCAGCGGCCGCCCUGGCAGUACAACCAUACGGAGAGCUGCAGCAGCAGGACGGGCGGGAUCCACAUUUCUUCCAGCAGCUCGCCCAUGAAUGCCCUGCUGCGGCCAUACCUCCUCCCCAGCCGAGACUUCUAUAGCCUGGGUGCGGGGAUGCCCGUUUGGGGGGUCCGACCCGUGCACUGCGGUGGCGAGAUCCUCCGUGUGACGCUGUACAGCGGCUACGACAACUACGAGGAUGCCGUACGCUUCUACGAGACGGUGCUGCAGCAACAGGCAGAGGAGCAGAAGACCGGUUUCUGCUGGUUUACGUUGCAUACUGAACCUGGUCUUUGCCUGCAGCUCGCAUUGAAACAGUUGUCAGCGGGCGUCCGAGUGGAGCCGUGUAGCUCCGCUGUGCUGCAGUUUAGCGUGGACGAAAUCGGCCAGCUUGUCCCUCUGAUGCCCAACCCGUGUACUCCAAUCAGCAAUUCACGCUGGCAGACCGAAGACCUGGAUGGAAACAAGGUUCUCUUCCAGGUGAAGACCCCAGCUCAACCUCAGCGACCUCUGACCUGUGCCUUCCCACUGAGCUGCCCCGCUGUGUCUCCUCGAGCAAUGCAGCUGAAGACAACAGGCCACGCCCCGUGCAAGUCACCCAGUAACCUCAUUGGUCCUCCAGGCUGGCCCAAUCACAGACAGGGACUCAGAUCUCGCAGUGAGCCGACUCUGGAGAAGCUCCACAUCGGCCGAGGUGGCGCCGAGAGCCAAGGCUCGGGUAGCUGCUGCAGCACUCCUCCUGGUAGCUCUUGCUACUCAUCCCAGCGCAGCAGCCCCGCCCCGCCUCCAGCCGCCAAUCAGCCCGACUCCCCUCUGCGGCCCUCCAUCACCCGGUCGCUUUCCCAGCUACUGCUGGAGGAGGAGGACGAGGACGGGGAAACCAACGUGGACACGGGAAUCGCUGUGUCACCUCGCUCGGACAUAACGGUCAAGGCCGCGAUGACGCGGUCUUCUUCUGUGGAGCUUUUGAACUCAAGGUUUGGAGCCUCGGCCAAGGAAGCGAGCCCCCCCGGUUGCUCCGAGGAUGCGACACGCACGGCUGGACUUAGAUGCUGCAACAUACAGACCGACAGGACCGGGACGCCGUCAUCACGCACAAACAUCGAGGAACAAGUGGAUGAGUUCUUUAUCUAAGGAGACCAUCUGAGGUUUAACACAAGGCAGGAAAAGGACCCUCGGGUAACAUGUUCCACUUUUAACUACUCGUAUUCCGUAACCAGGAGAUGCCACGCAAACAGGCUUGUGUAAAAUUCCACAUUUGGAAUUUCAGUUCAUCUCACUUGAAGAAUUAGAAUUUGAAAUGAAUUGGCUGCACCACACAGGAAGUACAGGAAGUGGAUUCAUAGCAAUUCAGAGAACGUCCUUAUCGCUAAGUAACAGGAAGAAUGUUAUCUUCAUCAUUUGAAGGUUAGAAUACAUCAAUGAACUCCUGUACUUAAAAUAAAAAUUGCAAUUUCAUAAUUUUAAUUUCAUUCAUUCAUUUUCUACCGCUUUUCCUCAUGAGGGUCACAGGAG